AUGUGCUUAUGGGGAGCAAAUUUUUCUGUUCCUUACCCACCAAGUUAUGCCAUAGGCUUUAUUAUAGGUAUUACAGCAGCCUAUGGGUGUAAAACCAACAAAAAAUAUAACAACGGAAUGUGGGUUGGGCAAGGAGCCCAGUUAUCGUUGUUGCCCAAUUUGGCCAUCCUCAGUUCCACUGCAGCCAAUUCCCAUCGAGGAAUUCUGUGCAGGAUGGCAACAAAGGAGCGUCGUCGGCCAUUGUCGAGCCGUUCUGUAUCAAAAGCAGGAAAACAGGUGGCUGAAGACCUCGCCGAUGCAUUGGCCACAAAUUUAACCAUUUCAGGCUCCAAGGGAAAGCAAAAGGCUGCUCCGGAGGUGAUAACCGAAGAUGACCUUCGGAUUUCAGCAAUGCGGUCUGUCAAUUCGGCGUCACAAGAGCUUUCUAACGUUGUCCGUUCUGGCUGGAAGAAGUCCCUAUCCAACUUCUCAAAAACCACGCUGUCCAACGCCGAGUCGUCUGCCUUGACGGCGGAAGAGAAUUUGAUAUGGACGUGGAAAGGGCGGCAUCGAUGGACUGUUGUCGUCCUUGACACACCCCACAUCCUUCUCUUUUCUGACCUGGGUGCCCUCGAUAUCUUCCUUGCCCGCCAAACAAACAGACGCGAUGCUUACCCGCAGCUACUCGGCAAUUACGAAGCUCUGCUCCACUUCCACCUCCACAGCUUCGUCAACGGCAAAGAUCAAAGCGACCAAUCCAUCACCCAAUCCCGAGCGGGUUUUUCAACUACGAAUCUACCUGUUAACGUACGAAGAACUACGUACGAGUAG